UUUUUUUUUUUUUUUUAACUUCAACUUCAAAUAUUCGUUUUUUAAACUUUAAAUUCCGCUCUUCUUCUCACAAGAGAUGGAGCGCGGCUAAGUAUAUAUUCCAUCACAUAUGGUUCUGAUUGCACUUCAAUAACAUACUACUACAUUUGAACCUUUUGAGUUUGAGAGGGAAAGGAAAAAAAGAAAGUAGAUUUUUUUUUGUUAAAAACUAAAGUUACUCAACAUGAUUAUUGGUCCACGUGUUCUCCACAAAAUAGUUCCCCUCUCCUCGAAUCCUACUUGGAUAUGUUGGUCCAUUUCUAGAAAAUGAAGUGAUUUGGAGCUUUGGAGUAACCGGUGAAGUUGUCAUUAAUUAGGUCAUGGGUUCAAGUUACGGAAACAAUUUCGUGUAGAAAUAUAAGAUGAAGUUAUGUAUAAUAGAUUCUUGUGGUCCAACCUUUUGAGCUUUAAUGCUCCGACAUGCCCUUUUUUAAUUCUAGAAAAUGAAGUGAAAACCACCCAACUGUUAUUCACUCAAAAUCUGUCCUUUCAAUAAAAUGCUUAUUCUUAAAAUUUCUAUCUUGGUGGAGUUCCCACCACUAUUACUAUUGCCCCCCAAAAUCUUUAUACUUCAUUUCCUUUCCUUCAAUUUCCUCAGAAAAUUUUUCCUUUGUUACCUGCAUUAUUAUCAAGAAGCUCAUGUCUGCCACUUCAACAACCAUGUAGGCUCAACUUUGUCAUGUUAUAAACUAAAAUAACUCUACAAAAUCUACUACUUACUACCAUAUUCUUUUCACUUCUUUCCUUUCCUUAAUGAUAAUAUGGAAGCAACAUACUCACGUUCUUAAAGUUGUAUGCUUUCUAAAAGAAUCAUAUUAAAGAAGACUUGACCCGUGUAACAGCCCAACUGCUUCUAUAAAUAUAAAGGCUCUUUCAGUAGGAAGUUUAUUAAUUAAAACAAAAAAGAGUAGCUUGUUAGUUAUUUUUUAAACACAAGACUCUCUAUUAUAUACAUAGCCUUUCCAAGAAACUCAUAAAAAAAAAAAAAACACCCCACAUCACAUUUCACAGGCCACAACAACAACAAGAAGAAAACAAGAAGCAGUAUAAAAAUGUCGUUUUCUUAUGCUAAAAACUGCUUGCAACGGUUCUGUGUGGACGAGUUCCAAAUGAAUACAGAAACCACCCAGAGUGGCUUCUUCUCUAGUGAUCUUCUUCCUUCACUUGGAGCUCGAAUCAACUACGCUACAAAGCUCCGAAGAUUCAUCAUUUCGCCUUUCAAUCCACGUUAUAGGUGUUGGGAGAUGUUUCUAGUUGUUCUAGUCAUUUACACAGCUUGGAUUUCGCUGUUUGAGGUUGCAUUCUUGUCAUACAAGAGAGAUGAUACUCUCUUCAUCAUUGACAACAUUGUUGAUUGCUUCUUUGCUGUUGACAUUUUCCUUACUUUCUUCGUCGCGUAUCUUCAUCGAGAGUCUUAUCUUCUUGUUGAUGAACCUAAGAAAAUAGCAACAAGGUACUUGUCAACAUGGUUCAUAUUUGAUGUAUGUUCCACUAUACCAUUUCAAUCAUUGAUCCUCGUCUUCACGGAUCACAAAGAAAGCGGUGGAGUUGGCUUCAGGUUGCUGAGCAUGCUCAGACUUUGGCGACUCCGACGUGUCAGUGCCCUGUUUGCAAGACUCGAGAAGGACAUCCGGUUCAACUACUUCUGGACGCGAUGUACAAAACUCGUAUCAGUAACAUUGUUUGCAGUGCACUGUGCUGGAUGCUUUAACUAUAUGAUUGCAGAUAGAUAUCCCGAUCCAAAAAAGACAUGGAUUGGUGCUGUUAAUCCAGAUUUCAAGCAACUAAGUGUUGGGGACAGAUACAUAACUUCAUUGUAUUGGUCUAUUGUAACGCUGACCACGACCGGUUAUGGAGACUUGCAUGCUGAGAAUUCAAGGGAGAUGCUAUUUGAUAUCUUUUACAUGUUAUUCAACUUGGGAUUGACAUCUUACAUCAUUGGAAACAUGACUAACCUUGUCGUUCAUUGGACCAGUCGCACCAGAAACUUCAGGGAUACAGUGAAAGCAGCCCAAGAAUUUGCGAAAAGGAAUCAGUUGCCUCCAAGAGUACAAGAUCAGGUUUUGUCCCACAUCUGUCUCAAGUUCAAAACAGAAACAUUGAAACAAGAAGAGACACUCAAUGGCCUGCCUAAAGCCAUCCGAACAAGCAUUGCACACCAUCUGUUUUUCCCUAUAGUUCAAAAUGUCCAUUUGUUCCAAGGGGUUUCGCGGAACCUCCUUUUCCAACUGGUUCCCGAAAUGGAAGCUGAAUAUUUCCCUCCGAAGCAAGAUGUGAUUUUGCAGAACGAGGCGCCAACAGAUCUGUAUAUAAUAGUUUCAGGAGCAGUGGAACUGAUAGCACAUGUUGAUGGCCUAGAGCAAAUAAUUGGGAAGGCUGUUGCUGGAGAACUAUUUGGGGAAAUAGGUGUUUUAUGUGGGAGACCACAGCCAUUUUCUGUUAGAACUACCGAGAUUUCUCAAAUUCUAAGGCUAAACCGGACAGCAUUGAUGAACAUACUUCAUGCAAAUCCAGAAGAUGAACGGAUAGUUAUGAACAAUCUUUUUAUGAAACUUCAGGGAUUUGGAGGUUAUGGUUAUGUGGACCACCAAACAAAUGCAGGACCAGAAAUCAAAAGGCAUGAUGAUACAGCACUGACGAGCAUAGAUAUCAAUAAUUUGGAAGCAAGAGUAAAGAAGCAAGAGGAAGUUGAUGCACAAGAAGUAAACAAAAGCAUCAAUGAUAUGUCAUUAAGUUUUGAAAAUAAGAAGGAAUUAAGUGAGCAUAAAGUGGAGUUUAUUGGACCAGAUGAAGGAACAAAGAGCUGUCAGCUGAAGCCUGAGGUCCCCUGUUGUUCCAACUCUUGCCUUAAAAGUCCCACAUGUAGUACCAGUUCAAGUGGCUCCAAAGGGACAAAAUCCACCCACCAUAAGAAGAGAAUCACCAUUCACAUGAAGAAAGAAUCAUUGCAUGACCAGUUUGGGAAGCUAAUCAUGUUACCUGAUUCACUAGAAGAGCUAUUCAGAGUAGCGGGUCAAAGAUUUGGAGGCUGCAAUUUUAAGAGGGCUGUAAAUGCAGAGAACGCUGAAAUAGAUGACAUCGAUGUCAUCAGAGAUGGAGACCAUUUGUUUUUCCUUUAACACGAGUGCUUGAGCUUAGUAUAUAAUCAUAAUUGAUCGCGAAGGGAAAUUAUAAGAAGUUUAGAGAAGAGGUUCAAAGCAAUUGUAUAUUGAUCUCAUUGUGUAAAUGUUAGGCUAAAUGAUUCAAUCUUUGUAUCUCCAAAGGAGAAAUCAAAGUUGCAGAAGUAACACAUCAAUUACUAGAAUAAGUUCCCACCUACUACAGAAGGAUUACCCUAUUCCUGUUCUUUCCAUGAUUGACAAGAGAACUUUUAACACCUUAUAAAAUUGUAAUUAUCUCUGUAUGCUCUACACAAACAAGAUGUUCAUCGAGAA